AUGGGACCUUUCAAACCUCCUCAAACGGGCACAACUACAUUUUGGUUGUGGACUAUGUGUCCAAAUGGAUUGAAGCCAUUCCCCUGCCCAGCCUGUGAUGCCAAGGUUGUUAUCAAACUGUUCAGAACCAUCAUCUUUCCAAGAUAUGGCAUCCCAAGGGUUGUUAUUUCGGAUGGAGGUUCCCAUUUCAUCAACAAGGUGUUUGAGAAGUUGAUGAGAGUUAUGGAGUCAAGCACAAGAAUGAAUGCCUAUGAGAACUCCAUGAUUUACAAGAUGAGAACCAAGGCAGCCCACGACAAACUGAUUCGCCUUAAAGACUUCAAGGUUGGGGACAGUGUGCUCUUGUUUAACUCCAAGUUGAGGUUGUUUCCCGGGAAGUUGAGGUCAAAGUGGUCGGGGCCAUUCAAGAUCAUGAAGUUCUACCAUACGGAUCACUCACUCUACUCAACCAAGAGGGGAAGGAAUUCACAGUGA